AUGCCUAAAGAAAAACGAACAAAGCCGUGUUCGAACUGCAAAAAGUCCAAAGUCAAGUGUAUAUACGAAGGUUCUCUACCAUGCCAAAGAUGCGUGAGGACUGGCCAGGCAGUCAACUGUAUGUUUGUGCCGAAGUUACCUUCCUUGAAGUUACCACCCAUAUCCAGCCAGGUUCCACAGCCUGUUUCAGUAGAAAGACCGAGCGAAAUGUCAUUACCUCCAUUGAAUCCAUUAGGCAUAACCAAUGGAGCUAUGACUCCUGUAAGGCAGAACGAGCAAUUCAUAGUAUCACACAAUCCCGUCGUUAGCCAUGUACAACGGCCACCAGCUAGCGACAACCAAUGGAAAGCGCAAAUAGAAACGAGAAUGAAUACAUUUGAUAACAAGCUCAGUGACUUGGUCGACAUCUUGAAGACUAACCAGCAGUUCAUGAUGGAUAGCCAGUACCAUACACCCAUUGCUCCACAACCACAAUAUCAAACUGUGUCGUAUCCAAUCGGCACAAAUAGCAGUAAUGACAGUAGCAACAGUACCUUUUCUAACGAGAUACCGUCAGAUAGAAGAAGAAAGGCAGAAGAACAACCUACAGACGCCAAGCGUAAAAGGACAAACAACGAAGAGAUACAGUAUCCCGUAGAUUUUCGUGAUGGAUUUUUGUCUAAAGACGAGGCCAAUAAUCUCUUUGCCUACUUCGAUGCGAAUAUCUCCCAACAGCUCUUUGGAUUCGAGAUUUCUAAAGUGUCUGUAGACUCCAUCUGGGAUUCAUGUCCCGUGCUUGUCUGUGCCAUAUGUACCAUCGCUUCUAUACAUCAUCCGUCUCUUUCGAAGAAGUCGAAGCAGUUGCAAGUCUAUCUUCAGGACUUGUGCCAGACUUUACUUUUCAAAGGAAAACCAGAAACCGAGACAGAUGGAUUCAACACCAUAGUUGCGCUUAUAUUGUGUAGUUUCUGGCUCUCAGACUCGCAGAUGUUCACGGGUCUAGCAAUGCAGCUUGCAAAAGAGUAUGGCUUCAACAAUCCAUACAGCAAGAACAAGGAUAAGUUGAAGCUAUGGUAUCUUCUUUACGUUCUAGACGGUCAGCAGAGUUUGACGUUUAAUCGACAGCCCUUAGUGAAUGCACAGGAAUUCUCCUUGAAACACAGCAGGGAGAUUCUUUUGACAGAACAAAACCCAUUACAAAUUGACAACAGCAAAAAUGGCAAGUCAAAUAUAUUGUUGGACAGCGAAGAAUUAAAGGAAAAACUGGAAUCUUCUAAUGCUGCUGACGUAAGAAAGGAAAGAUUCACAGAUAUGAGAUUGGUAUCUCAAGUAGAAUACAAUCAAGCAUUGAAUGAAGCUUUCCAAGGAAAUGCAUGGGAUCUCUUGGCUCCUUCUUCAUUCGGUAUUCCUUCGAAGAGCAACUUGGAGUUGGACAAAUGGAUGGUUUCUUGGACUGUAUUACUUUCUCCAGGAAAUCAUGGAGCUGUGUGGUCUUCCAAAUCCACAUUGAUCUACUAUAACUUCGCCAAGAUGCACAUAAACUCUUCAGCCGUGAGACAGCUUCAAGUUAACCCCAGCGACAAUAUUAAUAUGUUACCCAAAUUGAACGAAAACGCCAACUACCCAGAAAAUACUAGAAGAAUAGACUCUCAAGUAGCACCAGCAGAUUCAAGCGACGAAGACACGGACGACGAUCUGCCCUCACCUUCCGAUGAAGACGAGUUUAUCUCAAAUGAGGGUAUAAUGUCAAAAGACGAGAAGAUUGUUACAGCCUCUAUAGCAGUCAGUGCAGCUCAAACAGUGUUGAACUUGGUAAUUAACGACAAAGACAUCCUUGACAACUUGAAAUACGUUCCUGUUCACAUCCACAUCAUGCUUUAUUAUGCAGCCUUGCUCUUAAUCAACCCACCUCUAGAGUCCAUUAACCAAUCCGUAGAAUUUAAACCCGAGGACUAUUAUCUGCAGUUGUUGAACAAUAUUAGAGUAAUCAAGACUCUUCAGAAGAAGAUCUACAACAACUUACCGAUUGACACUAAGUUUGGGAAUAGACUCAUUAGAAGUUUGAAUGAUAUCGUUGAUGAAAAACUCACCAGCUUGAAAAAGUUGUUGGUGGAGUUGCCAGAAAGCAAUGCAAAGAUAGAACUUUUGAAGAACCACACUUCUCUUAUCGAUUCAAUAGACGCUAAAAAUAUUGUCGAAAUUUUUGAGAACGAUAGCACCAGCAGCAGAGGAUCAACUCCAGGUCCAGAAAGAAUCGCGGCAUGGCCAGGUUCAAAUCAUGGUCACCCAUAG